AUGAAGUUUGCCAUCGUGCUGGCCCUUCUGGGCGCUGCACUCGCCCUCAGAUCGCCAAGAUUUGAAAACCGCAACAUCGAGGAGAGCUCGUUCCGCAAUGGCCGCGAAUACCGCUACCGUUUCAACGGACAACUUUCCGCUGGUCUUCCAGUGCCUGGCUCGCAGCAAGGCAUCACUCGCUUCCAAACCCUCGCCACUUUUCAAAUGAUCAAGGAGGACACCAUGCGUAUGAGACUCGACGAAUUCGAAUUCGCCACCUCGCCAGAAGAGAGAUUUUCUCGCUCCAUGCAGCCAAUGUCGGUCUUCAAGAAGGUCGAUUUGGAGAAGGAGAAUGAGGAACUGCUUUCAAUGCCAGUCGAGUUCUACUACGAGCACGGAAUGAUAUCUGACAUUAAAUUCUCUGAUAACGACAAACCAUGGUCCGAGAACAUCAAGAGAGCUGUCAUGAACAUGCUCCAGGUCAACAUCCUCAAGAAGGGCCACUCCGAGAAGUUCGACGACGAAGAGAAGGGAGUCAACACUUUCUCCACAACUGAGCGCACCAUCGAAGGAGAAUGCGAGAUCCUUUACACGAUGGAAGAUGACAGCGAGUCGCAAGAACAACGUUGGGAGAAAUCGAUCAACUUCGAGAAAUGCGUGCGCAGACCAAUCAUGCGAAACGUUCGUGUUCCAGUUUGCGAAGACUGCAAGACAACGUUGGACCAAGAAAAGAUGAGCCAGACGGUGAUGAUGUUCAACAUCACUGGAACCCCAUCCCAGUUCCUUAUCAACUCGGUCGAAUUGCGCUCGCAACACUUGUUUGCCCCAAUCAACGAGAAGGAGCAACUCCUUUCCGCCUUCACCAUCAACACAAUGGAGCUCGUCUUCGCUGGUGAAAUGAAAUCGCAAAUCAAGAAGGUCCAUGGAGACAAGCCAGUUACUUUGAUCUACAACAACGAGCACGAACUCGCUGAGGAGCAAUGGGCUCAGACUGGAGAGGAGAAAUAUUUGAGACAGAUGCCAGCUAUGUGGAACAACAAGGUCGAGAUCAUCGAGAAGAUGAUGGCUCUCAUUGCCAAGAAGAUCGAAAAGGAGGUCGAUCCAGAGAUCUCGCACUUCACCGCUAGAGUCGUUGACAUGCUCCGCAUGUGCAAUGAGGAGGAACUCAACAAGAUCUUCAGAAGCGUCAUCAAUCUCUCCGAGAAGAACGAGGUGGUUGGAGAACACAUCCGCUCAUUGUACUUCAACUUCCUUACUAUUGCCGCCACUCGCGUCACCAUCCGCCAAUUCUUCGAGAAAGUUGAGGAGCGCAAGUACAUCACUCCACUCAGAGCCUCGAUGAGUUUGAAAUCUCUUGUUGACAUGAGAUUCCCAUCCGUCAAGAUUGCCGAGGAUGUUCUUCGCUUCUGCGAGUCUGACAUCGCCGUCGCCCACCCAUACCUUUCCCAAGCCUGCUGGCUCACCUACGGAGCUGUCGUCAACGGAGCUUGCAUGCCAACAUCCCGCAUCUACGCCGGACGCGACCUGAACACCCAAUGCCCACGUGAAACCAAGCUCGCCAUCGUCCGCAAGCUCGUCGAGAAAUUCGAGUACGCCACUGACCGCAGUCAAAAAGUUCUCGCCCUCAAGACUAUGGCCAACACCGGAUUGGAUACGAUGAUCUUCGAUCUUGAGAAGAUCAUUCUUAACAUGGACAACGAGAAAACUAUCCGCAUUCAAGCUGUCGAAGCCCUCAGACGCCUCAAAGUCGUGAUGCCAAAGAAGGUUCAACAGGUUCUUAUGCCAGUCUACCGCAGCCGUCAACAGCCACACUAUCUCCGUAUGGCUGCUCUCCACCAGAUCAUGAACACUCAACCAGAAUGGCCAGUUCUCUCCCAAAUCGGCCAACAACUCCGUCAAGAACGCAGCCAACAAGUCCGUGCCUUCACUCUUUCGCUUCUCCGUAGCUACGCCAACAGCGAAUCACCAUGUGAACGUAGCAUCGCCAAGCGUGUCAACACCAUCCUUCAGACUGUGCCAUUCAGCAGCAAACAAAUCGAGUCAUUCGAAAGCCGCUACGGAAAAUGGUCUGCGAACUGGGAGCGUCAUCAAUCUGCCCUCGACAUGACCUUCGGAAACAUCUUCACCAAUGAAUCCGUGCUCCCAACUGAAUUGAUGGCCUCUUUGGAAGGAGUCUACGCCGGAGAAUGGGAACAAUACUUCGCUCAAAUCGGAGCCAGCCAACAGAAUCUCGAGAAGCUCAUUCGUCAAGUUCUCAACAAGGUCCAAGAGAAUGGAUGGGAGAAGGUUGUUGUUCGCGGCAAACGCGCCUCCGGAUCUUUCCGCCCAACCGAUCUCCUCAACUCGCUUCUCCAGAAACUUCAAAUCACCAGAAGAAGCCCAUCCUAUGACGAGCCACAUGCUCUUGUUUACUUCCGCUUCCGCGAUAUGGACUAUGCCUUCCUUCCGAUUGAUGCUGAAUCGAUCCCAGAAACUCUCAGAUCGAUGAUCCAAAACGGAAGAAUCGAAAUCGGAGACCUCGAGAGACUCCUCGCCCAAGGCAUUCGCUUCUCCACUUCUUCUGCAGCCUUCUUCUACGAAAGCGUCCGCCGUGUUCCAACUGCUCUCGGCCUUCCAGUCAUGCUCAACUCAAAGAUGCCAACCGUUUCCACCAUCAAUGGACACUUCAAAUUCGAAAUUGAGCCAAAGAACGGAAAAUCGUUUGACGGACUCCGCAUGACAUUCGUUGCUCAUCCGAAGGUCGCCUCGACCCAUGUUCUCUCUCUCGCUGUCAUGACUCCAUUCGUCCAGACUGGAACCAAAUUCCUUCACCAAAUCACCCUUGACACUCCAAUCGACCUCAAGGUUGAGAUGGACUGGCGCACCAAGACAUUCAACUGGAAGACAUUCAUCAAUACUCCAACUGACGAGCGUCGUGUCUUCAUGUUCCAUUCUCGUCCAGUCACGUUCGUCAGAACCAUGAUGACUGAUGACCGCCAAUACCCAGAGCCAGUCGAGAUGACGUGGAUGCUUCCAGCUCACCAGGCGAGAAACCAUCCAAUUGACCGCAAAUACUUCCAAAACUCGCUCGUCAAAGUCAAUGUCCAAGGAAUGUUCGUUCAGCCAGUCAAUCCACGCAUUCCACAAUGGAUCGUUGAAAACACAAUUGACGUGUUCGUGGCCCCAACCAAGAACACACCAGAAGUCAUUGAGUCGACCUUCAAUGUUGAUCUCUUCAAGCCAGUUCAAAUGGAAAAGCCAGAAAUCGAGACCUACUAUAGAAAGUCGAACCGUUUCAUGAACUACGAAGACGAGGAUGAGACCGAGAAAAUGACUGAAAUCGAAAGAAUCAUGGAAUCGUGGAAACGCGAAACAACCUACAAGCACCGCAUCAGCUUCGACAUCAAGGACUACGUCUCCGCUCACCUCACCAACAUUUGCUCUGGAAAAUGGCGUGCGUGCAAGUCGCGCUUCGAACUCGUCGAUGUUCAGAAUACCCAGCCAAUGAAUGUUCAUCUUGACUGGUACUUCCCAGAUGUUCCAAGAAGCCUCGAAGAGCUUAAGGACCAAAAGCACAAGAACUUGGUUAUUGUUGGAAAGUGGUUGUGGAAGAAGAACAUGGUCGACUGGAAGAUUGAAGGACAACAGAGCGAAGAGCAAAAGCAAUGGCUCGAGCAACUCAAGGAGACCAACACAAUCUCUGAUAGACUCGCCCAAUACGCUCAACUCAAUCAAUACCAAAUGAUCGCCAACUACAAGCUUGAGAAGCCAAUGGAGAAGAUGAUCGAGAAGCUCUGGACUAUGAUGGACUUCAAACUCCAAAUGCAAAAGCCAUGGGCUCGUUUUGUUGAAAUCUUCGAUGAUGUUAGAGACAAUCAAAGAAUCCGUGCCAAACUCGUUAUUGAACCACGUUUCCGUCAAACCAUGGAUUUGACUGUUGAGACUCCAUUCACGAGAACCAACUUCAACCAAAUUGACACUCCAGUCACCCUCCCAACCGUCCAAAUCAUGGAGACCCCAUCCUACAAAAAGCACCUGCUUGAAUCCCCAAAGAGCGCUGACUGCAUGGUGAAGUCGAGCAAGAUCGAGACUUUCGACAACGUCGUCUAUAGAAACAAGUUCACCCCGUGCUACUCGGUUUUGGCCAAGGAUUGUGGAUCUGAGAAACCACGCUUUGUCGUCCUCAUGAAGGAAAUCAAGAAGAACGAGGAGUGGAAGAACCUCAAGGUUUUGUACAAAGACAAUGAAAUUGAGAUGGACUUCAACAAGGAGAAGAUGACUGUUCGUCUGAACGGAGACAAACUCGAGUACGAUAACGAAGACAUGACUGUUGAGAAGACUGGAUUCACUCUCUUCUGGAUCAACAAGGAUUCCAUCAAAUUCGAUUCUGACGAGAUCUCGGUUCACUUCAACGGCCGCACCGCUCGCAUCCACCUUGCCGCCACCUACCGUAACCAACAAUGCGGACUCUGCGGACACUAUGACAACGAGAAGGAUUCCGAAUUCUUCGCCGCUGACAACAUGGAGAAACACAACAUUGGAGAGUUUGCUAAGAGCUUCUUGUACCAAGACGACGAAUGUGAUUACGAGGAAGAAAUAUUCGAGAAGAAGGUGAACUUUAGACGUGAGCCAGAAUACGAGGAGGAGAGCGAUGAAGAGUAUGAUCGUGAGGAGAAGGAAAAUGCUCAACCAGAGGAGCAAAUUCUUGUUACCGAGAGACAGCACGAGGUCUGUAUCUCGACUCAACCAAUCGCCCGUUGCCCAACCGAAUCUCAAAUGAUCAUCAAGAGCCACAAGGAAGAGGUUGAAUUCAACUGCUUCCCAUCAUCGAACAUCUGGGCUCGUCGUCUUGUCCGCGACCUUCGCCGCAACCCAAUGCGCCAGCUUAGCGAGGAACGUCUCGCCGAGCUCGAGGAGCAGCCGAGAAAGACCCUCCGCAAUCUUCGUAUUGUCGUCGAUGAGAAGUGCGAGAUGACUUAUUAA